CGCCGCCCGCCCGCCCGCCGCAGACUGGCUGCUCCCGGCCCGGCUCCGGAGCGGCUCGGCACGGCACGGCACGGCCCGGCCCGGCCCGCUCGGCCCCGCCAUGUCGCAGGUGCUGCCCUACGGCGAGGACAAGGUGGGGCGCUACGGCGCCGAGCCCGAGGCGGGGGAGCUGCCCUUCAGCUGCCGCCUGCAGGACACCAACGCCUUCUUCGGGGGCAACCAGGGCAAGCGGCCCCCCAAGCUGGGACAGAUCGGCCGCGCCAAAAGAGUGGUGAUCGAGGAUGACCGGAUAGACGAGGUGCUCAAGGGCAUGACGGAGAAGUCGCCGUCGGGGGUAUAAACCCGGAGCCGCCGCCAGGACCCUCGGGCCCGGGGGGGGGCACAGACGAGGAAAGAGAAGGGGGGGGGCGGUGGGAGGCCAUGCCCGCGGCCCUCCCCCCCCCCCCCGAGGCCCCACGGGGGGUGCAGCAAGCGGGGAGAGAGGUGGGGGGCCACCCCCCCCCCCCCCCCGGACCCCCCCACCCCCUCCAUACGCUCCCACCGGCUUCGGGGUCGCCCCCCCGGGCCAUGCACUUUACCCCCCCACCCCCCGCAGCAAGGGACCCCCCCCCAAAAAAAAAAAAAAAACCAACAACAAAAAACCCACAUCGUGGGGGGGGGGGCACGGAGCUGAGCGGGGCCGGAGCGGGCUCGAAGCCGCCCCCGGUGCCAUUUUUUGCUCCAUCGUUUUUUGCAUGAGCUUCGGUGGCCCCCCCCCGGGCGCCGCAUCCUGGUGCCGAAAGGGUCACCCCCCCCCACUCCGGCAAACAGCUUCUUUUUAAAACAGAAAAACAAAAAACAGAACAAAAAAAAAGAGAAAAC